AUUGUCCAGCCUUUGCAUAGGGAGGACAGAAAAAAUAACUGAGAAAAUGGCUGCCUCGCGGGAUCUGCUGCGACCCAGGGGCCUUCCCUUCCUGCUCGCUCAUCUCUUCUGCUGUGGACUGGUCCUUCAGGUGGUGGCGAGCAAUGGAGCUUCCCAGAGUGAUAUGUACCACGGGCACUCGCACGACCACCACGGGCACUCACACGACCACCACGGGCACUCGCACGACCACCACCACCACCAUCACGGGCACUCGCAUGACCACGUGGAUGACCUCACUGGCUACUCCUAUCCACAAGAUCAUCCCGUACACUCCCAACAGCAGGAGCAUGACGGGAGGAGUCGCUGGACGCGUGCUGCAGCGUCGAAGGUGUCAGAACACAGGACGGAGGUGUCUAACCCAUUUCAACUGUGGUCGCAGGCUGUUGGAGCGACAGUGUUGAUCAGCGCCGCUCCUUUCUUCAUCCUGUUUUUCAUCCCCGUCGAAUCGAACACCUCCAAACACAAGUGCCUUCUCAAGGUGCUGCUGAGCUUUGCUUCAGGAGGGCUCCUUGGAGAUGCCUUUCUCCAUCUCAUUCCACACGCACUUGAUCCACAUUCUCACAAUGAGGCUCCUGAGCGCCGCCUCAAACCUUUGGAGAAUAUUGACCAUGGGCACUCACAUCGAGGUGACGACCACGACCACUCCCACAUGAUGUCUGUCGGCCUGUGGGUCCUCGGUGGAAUCAUCGCCUUCCUUGUGGUGGAGAAGUUUGUGCGUCAUGUGAAAGGGGGUCACAGUCACAGUCACAGUCAUUCUCACGCUGCUGCUCCGAACGCCAAGGAGAGCUCGGAGGAGGAGGAAAAGGAGAAGGAUCACAGUAAACAUGGUGAACAGAGGGCUGGCAGCAGGCGCCGGAAGCCCGAAAGCCCCCGUAUCAAGACCGAAGCUGCCAAGGCCCCAGGACAGGUCUCGGAUAUCAAAGUGUCGGGAUAUCUGAACCUGGCGGCUGACUUCACCCAUAACUUCACCGACGGCCUGGCGAUUGGCGCCUCCUUCCUGGUCAGCACCAAUGUGGGCAUCAUCACCACCGUCACCAUCCUACUCCACGAGAUACCGCACGAGAUCGGAGACUUUGCCAUCCUGGUGCAGUCUGGUUGCAGCAAGCACAAAGCCAUGAUGCUGCAGCUGAUUACUGCCGUGGGGGCACUGGCCGGCACAGCCUGCUCUCUGAUGGCCGAGGGGAUCGGGGAGGCCGCCACUGCCUGGAUCCUGCCGUUCACCGCCGGCGGCUUCAUCUACAUUGCCACUGUCUCAGUCAUUCCAGAGCUGCUGGAUGACUCGAAGCCCCUGCAGUCGCUGCUGGAGAUCGCCGCUCUGCUGGUCGGGGUCCUCAUGAUGGUCCUGAUCGCUGAGUAUGAGUAGGACGUGGCGGGGCUGGGUCGGGGGCAUUGGGGUGGGCUGGGUACACAGAGAGAGAGAAAGAAAGAAAGGGAGUUUGUGAGAGGCACCGACACUAGGCAGGAGUUGCCCUGUCACGGGCAGAUGAGAGGGCACAAGGAGAUACAUAACCAAUAGGAACCACUAGGACUGAGGUCUGCAGUAAGUCAGGCAGCCCUCAACCUCCUGCAAUUGGGACUUCUCUGGUGGAGUUAACACUCAGGAGUGGCAUGUUUAUCAGCUGAUAAUCAGUUUUAUAUAUAAAUAUAUAUAUUUUUUAAGAAAAUGUCAUUGUGCUAGUCUGGCUGAGUGUCCAGACCCUUCCAAACCUAUAUUGCUCUUUCUGCCAGUGCAUUAACUUGAGCAACAAGGGGGCCUGGAUAGUGACAACCGACCCACGCUGGCCAUUCCUCAUUUUUUGUUUUUUUUUAAAAAAAAGCAUUUCCUGCAUCACUUGUACCCCCGCUAGCUUGCUAUCUGUCGUGUCAGGAAUCAAAAACUGCUGUUUCAACACUCGAGUGGUGGAAGCGGACUGGAUACGGGGAGGGGGGUGGAGAGAGAAAGUGGUAAGACUGUCUGUGUUUGCCCAUUGCUGGUAGAAGUGGCACCGGGCUCCCAGACCGGCUCCAGGAAACAGAAACCCUGUUCUGCACCCCUCUCUCAAUCUUACUGGCAAUUGCAGAUUCCAGACUUCACGUUGUCUUGUUUCUUGUGAAUGUGAGGUGGCGGAGGAAAACUGACAAACCGGUGGAAAUUUAACCCAGCUGACCAGAGCACCACAAGCAGGUGAGCCGAGAGUUGGGUUAAAAUUGCUCCGUGUGUGUGUUUAUAUAUACAUGUGUAAUUUUUAAAAGUGUAAUCUGACACGUAUGGGUAAUUUUUCAUUUUGGUUUUAAGUACUGUAAUCUGACUCCACGUAGGAGCUGUAUUGGAAGAGAAUCAUGGCUACAAUUAGUUGGGUUUACUUGUCAUUUCCUUUUGCUGCGUAAGUCCUGUAUCAAUGGUUCUAAAAUGAUUUAAAAUAAAACUCAAUCCUUUGCAUUCAAGAAAUUUGUGUAAAAUAAAACCCACAUGUACUCUG